CGUCAUCGGUCAAAGGAACACAGACUCGCCACCGAACUCUGAGCGUAAAGAUGUUCCGUCUUCUGUCCGCACUGUGCCUUCUGGCCCUCGUGGCCCACAGCCAGGCUGGUAUAAGCUUUGGUAAAUGCCCCACUAACAAGGAUGCCGUUAAGAACUUUCAGCCUGAACAAUACGUAGGUUUCUGGUACCAGGCUGAGGCUACCUCACAAGUUUGGCAGUAUGGUGGAAAGUGCCCUGUUGCAGAUUACACACUAGAAGAAUCCGGCAGGGUUCACGUCAAGAACAGCAUGAAAGUUUUUGGUUCCGAGCUCUCUCAAGAGGGUUAUGCUGAAUUAGUCGGUGAAUCUGGAGAAGCCAGGCUGAACGUUGUGUUUGAAGUGCCCUUGUUCGGACACCGCGAAGCCUCAUAUUUCGUACUGGACACGGACUACACCAACUAUUCAGUUGUGUAUUCAUGCUCUGCCAUCGGCCCAAUGAAAGCUGAAUUCGGAUACAUCUUGAGCAGGCAGCCUACCCUCGACGCCUCUCUUAGCGAAAAGAUCGACCUCGCCGUCGAAAAAUCGGGCCUUAGAAGGGCUGCGUUCCAGAAAAACAAACAGGAUUGCUAAUUUGUAAAAUGAAAUGUAUUUUACAGUUUGCUAAGAACUUUCAAAAUAAAAACCUGCGUGUAUUGAAAGCUUA